AUGUCGUCACCAGCGUCCAGUGACGUCACUUUACUGAGAGCUACGCCCUCAGUCAUGUCGACGAUGGACUCUAAGACGCAUUAUAGCGGAGUGACGCCGACGGUUGGCGUAGUUUCGGCAUCGCUAGCCGUCAACUCGUGGCACCCCCACGUCUAUGCCAAGCCUCCCAAAACGCCGACACCGCAUUUCAUUUCCGACAUCAUGGGCUGGGGACCAUGCAAUAACAAUAAUAAUAAUAAUAACAAUAAUAAGAAGGCGUCUUCACACGUGGUGGUCGCCCCGACGCCGAUAAGAGCGACGCCACCCCCGUUAAUACCGCCGAGAGCCUCUCCGGGUUCAGUCCUACACCCCCCGCCCCCACCUACCCCCUCGCUGACCACUGAAGAUGAAGACGACGAACUUAGUAACGAGCCUCUCAACUUGACGACAAAGAGCCGAGAUGCUUCGCCAACUUCGUCGGUGGGGUCUAUGAUGGGAGUUCCUGCCAGCGCGAGGACCCUCACCCCACCGAUGCCACCGCAGAUUAUCGGGAAAGGAACCCCGAAUCACCUUCACCACAGACCGCCUCCCUUUCGGGAACCGCCCCUCAACGGCAUAGAUUGUCCGCGGGGUGUCACCAUGAACGGCCGUCCUUUCAAAGGUUCGGGCCACGCAGUGAACCGGAACUCCCACAUCGGCAAAGACGGCACGCCUGCAAGCAAGCCUCCCGCGAAACGCAAGAAGGAACCCGGGAACCCAAAGGCGCAGAAUACGACUUCUCCAAGCACUGUGUUGGAGACGCAGAGCGGGGCUCUGAGCGACGGCGGCCAUGGUUCGGACGGCGAGCGCAAACGGAAAAAGGCGCGCACCACGUUCACCGGUCGUCAGAUAUUCGAGCUGGAGAAGCAGUUUGAGCUGAAGAAGUACCUGUCGUCGUCGGAGCGCGCCGAGAUGGCAAAACUUCUCAACGUCACCGAGACGCAGGUGAAAAUUUGGUUCCAAAACCGUCGGACCAAAUGGAAGAAACAGGACAACAUAAGCAACGCGGAAGCUGCGGAACACAAGAACCAGUCCGCGGGGAAGCCGGAGAAACACAACAGCAAAGACCCCGCCGCGAAGACUGCAGUAGCAGCGCCUACCAAAACGUCGAUCGUUCCAUCUCCCGUGACAGUGCCACAAGUGCCAACGUCGAUGGCGGCCGUCACCAAAGUGAACAACGGAAUAAAUUUAGUGAAAGCACCCGCCCUCGGUGUAGACUCAGCGCCCGUCACUGUAGGUCCCAUGACUCCCUUGGCCUCACCCAGCAGUGGCGAAGACCACUCGAACGCUUCCCUGUUCACAGCGGACGGCUCAGUAUCUGAAAGUUGUUUUUCUGAAUCGGACUCCAUGAGACAGCAAGUACUGACAGUGGCGACAAAUCUAACAGUGAACGUAGCGGCAAGUGAGCGAACUACAAGUAGGUCUCCGACGGCCUCUCCGGCUUCAUCUUGCGCGGGCACGAAGACUCCUAACAAUGGCACGAAUAUGAAUUCGUGCAGUGUUGUACAAAGUCCGCCUUCAACCGCCAGCGAUCCGAACGCCACAGGUGUUGGGGCAGCGAACCUUUCUGCGGAAACGGAACAACGUCCUGUGUCGCCAUCUAGCUAACUACUAGCGAAACAAUUCAGGAGACAGAGCGCCCGUAGUCUGUAUUGUCAGUCGAGGGAAACUUAAAACUGAGUCCACUUACAGCAGAGACAAAUACCGCCAGAUUUUCUGUUCAAUAUCUGCUGCUGCUGCUGUUAACAGAAAUAUAGUACAGCAAGUCUUGUCAGAUAGUUUUGUUUGUUGCGAAUUGUGCCAUACAUUUAUCAUUUCCUUAUUAGUGAGUACGUACAAGUAUAAUUUAACAUAAAUCAGAGAUGAUCAGUUUCAUUUGUCAGUAGAUGUGUAUCACGUGUAUUAUCUUAAAAUCCUUCCAAAAUUAGGCAAAAAUAGUUUACGUUUCAGCAGUAAUUUUACUGAAAACUGUAAAUCCGUUGAGUAAUCGUUACUGAGAGUGGGAAAAUUGCAAGUUGAAAGUGCUUGUUAAUUUUAAAUCAUAAUUUUGUGAAUGCCCUUUUUUUUUUAAUAAAUUUGGAAGCUCGCUCUGUCUGUCUCUCUCUCAUUGGAGGAAAUCUAGUUAGCUGCAAGUGUGAGAGGUUUUCCUCUAAUGAGAUUGAUUUUGGGGAAUGAUUUUUUGUUUAGGUCGUCCUGUAGAAAAAGAAAAGCUAGCAAGAAUUUUGUGUACCUUAGAAACUGAAAGAAAUCUGGGCAAGCCUUUUUCAGGUGAUACAGUAGUGCACAAUAUAAAAGAAUGGGUGUUAUGAACUGUCUUUGUGGUCGGAGUGUUUUAAUAACUUAGACAAAUUUAUUUUUCUUGUCUAUAAAUCGCUUUUUAAGUUUUACUGUAAUGACACGAUAUUGUCAUUUGGGCUGUGUCCUGAAAAUUGAAAAUCCUCGUCAGUACGGUAUUUAAGUUCUUUUUGUUUUAAUCUUUACUACUGCAUAAUAUAUUAUUAUAGAAGAAACAAAGAGCUAAUUUGUAAAUAAAAUUAAAUUUCAAAGAU